CGGGUUGUACUGUUGUUACCUUUCAUUUUCAGUUAACCAUCCAGAUAAUUAGAUAAUGCAGUUGUUCAGUAGUUUCCACUCAAUCCUAAUUGUUUGCUGUGUUCUCUUAAUUGAUGGAACGCACUCGAAACUGAAUCUGAGAUAUGCCAUUUUGAGGCAAAAGCAAGCAGCGAAGGCCACGCAAAAUGAGACUUUGGCCCACCAGCAGAGAAUCAAAUAUGAUGCCCAGAAGACCAUGAAGGUGAUGUUCUACAAGAACAACACCAAAACCAUGGAGGCUUCGGCCUACGACGAUGCCUACGAUCUCAGUGGGUCGGGUUGCUCGCCCUCGGACAAGUUCGCCAUAGUUCUGCAUGGAUGGAUCCAAAGUUGUUCGGACGAGUGGGCGCUGUCGCUUAUUGAAAGACUGAGUUACUACCGCGGCGGAUGCGUGAUGUGCAUAGACUACAGUGUGGUCGCCAGUUCCUCGUACAUGCGGCUGUACACAAACUUUGACACCCUCACCGGCGCCAUAUCCUCCAUUAUCCUAACGCUGUUCAGGCAGGGAUUCGAUCCAAAACGAGGCUAUAUGUUUGGCUUCAGCUUCGGCGGACAACUGGCUUCAGCGGUGGGAAGAUCCCUACGACCACACCACAUAAUCGAGAGCAUAGACACGUGUGAUAUGGCCGGGCCCGGGUUCGAUCCCAUUGCGGUCGACCACUCCAAGGCCGGCAAGCAUGUGCAGUGCUUCCACUCGAGCCGCGACAAGGGCACCUUCGUCUACUCCUGCCACCGCAACAUAAUGCUCGGCAGCUGCGGCCUCAAGCAGCCCUCGGUGGCCAGUCAGCUCCACCUGGGCAGCCAUGGCCUCUGCGUCGACAUAUACAUCAACACGUUCGACUACCCCUUCUACGCCGUGAACUACACCCCGCCGGAGUGCUUCACCUGGCAAAAGGCGGCCAAGAUACCAGAUGGCUACACGGUGGGCUACGAGGAGAACUUCGACAGCCAGGUCACGGGGCAGAUCUUCGUGCCCACCAGCCUGCACUACCCCUACAACUUGUCCAAGAAACAGCUAAAGCUGCUGACUAACUUAGCUUAGCUGCUUACCUGAAUAUUGGGAGAACACACUUGAUUCAAGAAUAGCUACCUCAGGAGGCUGACGUUUUUUAAAUCAAAGUCAACCGGAUUCUAAUAUCAUGUAGGUUUAUUAUUCGAGUUCAGCUCAUACCGUUUGUAGUUCUUAAGUUUUUAUUCGCCAAAAUAUAUUUAAAUCAAAUUUAAAACAUGUAUACACAAUACAUCGGUAAUCCAGACACAUCAACCUGCUGAUUCAGUCGUAGGGCGACUGCCGUUACCGACUGACUUGGGGCCCUUUGCUGGCGGUGCAUUGUCCUCGUCGUGCUCUUCCUCCUCGUUAUCGCCAUAGUCCUCAUCGUUCUCAUCGUCAUCAUAGUCGACGAUGUCGCCUGUGGAAUCUUUGGAAUAAUUCUGUCGCGGAAGCAGUGACCAAUUUUGAAGUCGGUGGACAGGAUCUGCGAGGAAGCAAUCUCGGAUCAGCAAGAAGGAAUCCUGCUAUACAAUGGUGCGCACUGCGCCGCGCUCCUUGUGCUUCUGCUCCUUACGGAUGGUCUUCACAGUAAGAAAUCCCUUGUUGCCCUCGAGAGUGUAACUAGCUCACCAUACACUUGUAGAUCUCUGGACCUUCGAAUGCCAACGGAUCGUUGGGAUCCGCGGUGGACUUCAGAACGUACUGCCGUGUGAAGUGGAACUCUCUUUUACGCCGUGAACUACACCCCGCCGGAAUGCUUCACCUGGCAAAAAACGACCAAGAUACCAAAUGGCUACGAGGAGGACUUCGACAGCCAGGUCAAUAGCCACCUCAGGAGGCACAUGUUUUUUAAAUCAAAGUCAACCAGAUUCUAAUAUCAUGUAGGUUUAUUCGAGUUCAGCUCAUAUCGUUUGUAGUUAAGUUUUUAUUCACCAAAAAUAUAUUUCAAAUCAAAUUUGAAUUAUGUAUAUACAUUAUAU